AACUUGGAAACUUACAUCGGCCCGACCGUUGGAAUGAAAAGUUGACUUUGCAUCUUGGCCAUCCAUGGGUGUUGCACCCGUGCAAGACCAACUUGAAAAUCUAAAGCGAAGAAGGAUCUAAAGAUUUAGGAUGACAUUGAAUAGCUGGUAAAUUUUGUGGUUGUGGAGAGACAGACUACUACUGUGCCAAGAGAUUAGUUCAACACCAGCCAACUCAGUACCCUGCAUCAGAGGAGAUGAGUAUCGGGAAAAUCAAGUUUAAUGCUUUUGACUUGGGAGGACAUCAAAUAGCUCAUAGAGUGUGGAAAGACUUCUAUGCCAAGGUGGAUGCAGUUAUCUACUUAGCGGAUCCUUAUAGAGCUAAAACUUAUAGCUUUUGCAAAUUCAUAAACUUGGUUUAGAAGUUGUGAGUUCCAAGUUUUUUUUCAUGAUUAAUUAGGUCUGAAACAGAAUUUAGACCUAAUUGUUGAAGCUGUGAGGGGGUUAAUUUAGGAGAGAACCAGUCCUUGUGAUUAAGUUCAAAUACUACAACCAUUACCCACUCUCCACUUUGCCUGAGUCAGAAGGGAAUUCUUGCAAGAGCAAAAUCCAUGAGUCUAGUGGUUUGAACUGUCCCUCAAUGGGGAAAGUUUUGGGAAAGUAUUGGCUUUCAGUGUCCUAGACAUGAUUGAUUGGGGCUGAUUGGCUAAUCUACAGACCUGUUUAGCUAGUACAACCUUAAUAACCAACGAAGCUUCUCUAAACUCCGGCCCCCUCUCCAAAUAGGUUGACAUAAGGCAUCCUGACCCACCAUAUGGAGUUUCCUAAUGCCCCCACCAAAAAUUGCACUGUCCUAUCCAUGGCACUAAGUUUCUGGAAUCUUGAAACAAGAAAAUGUGUAUAAAGGCAAGGAACUAAUCACUGGUUUAAUUAAGGUCAUUCUACCUGCCUGGGAUAAGAGUUUAGCUUUCCAUCCUUGAAGCUGGAAUUAAUUUUAUCCAGCAAGGAGUGAAAGUGUGGCACCUUACACCUGCUGAAAUUAAAAUUAUAACCAAGGUACCUUCCAAGAGUGCUCACACUUCUAAUGUGCAAGGAGUUUUCCUAUUAUAGUUUUAGAUCUAUGGCUGUGUUUGGACUGAAAAAAAUCUGAGAUUUGGAUGUGUUGAUCACUUGUCUAGAAACUCUAGAAUACCAAUCAAGUUUUUCCACCAAGAUAUAUAUAAUUGCAGGAGCAUUUCUGGCUAUUUUGAUGCCACAGAAGGUCUUGGACGGUUCACCAUCAAGAACAACACGAGAAACAUUUGUGCAGAGGAUGAAAAGGUAAGGGGAUGGAGGAUCCCCCUGCCUAAUUCCUCUUCUUCCUCCUAUGCUUCUACACAGGCAAUUACUGAUGGCUACUGAUCCACCAUGUUUUGAAGGUUGUGUUGUCUGCCUCCUUUGCCUAUUGUAGAAUGCCAUUAUCUCAUUUGAGAAGUGGUCCGCCGUAGCUUCUAAUUUGAAUUGUACUCCAUGAAGUUCGGUUAGUCUUAACCUUUGAGCAUGCAACAUUCUUUCCACUUCAUCUGCCUCCAAGGUUCAUUGAAGCCUUUCAUGACCUAUCAUCCUGCACUUUGUACACAGCUUAAAAAAACUCGUUCAUAUCAACACUUCAUCCAUUGCUUUACUCCAUUGUCCAUCUUAAGGACAAAGCCUGCAAGGAGAGGCUUCAACGGGUCCACUUGAAUUCUAAUGUUUCUGUGGUGUCUGGUUCUGCCAAUCUUCCUUUUCAACCAAGCCAAUCAGACCACCCAUUCUUUCCACCAUGCGAGAACUGGUACUCUAUCAGUAAUCCAUGAAAUUGGACCCCAAGAGAGAGAUACUUUGAAGUUCCAGGUUACCCAAAAACCAGAUUGGGUCUCCAAUGUUCUCAUUAGUGGCUGUGGUGUGGGGUCUUGGCUUGGAAGCGGUUAGAAUGCUACUAUGAUCACGCUUAGGUCGGAAAGCUACACUAGUUGCCCCCCUCAAACCAUUUUUCUUUUACCAAAAAAAAUCACAUCUAGGGACCAUGGCCCUUUAGCACAAAUGAAGUCCUGAUCAAUUCUAGAAGAGAAAUGAAGUAGAUGAAAGGAAGCUUCCAUACUCAACACCCUCACUAUGCCUUAGAGACGCCAUGCAGCAUUAAUCAGUUGCUGCAUGCAGGGCACAGAGAAAGAUCUAAACAGAAACUUCAUUGAAUCAAUAAAGUACAGCUACUUUGAGCCAAUAAAGUACAGCUACUGAAGGGCAAGAGAAACCCCACUUGCUUUCCAAAAGCUCUAGGACAAGAAUAAUAAACUAUAAAGUAUAAAGGAUAGAGAAGCUUUUAAGAGUCAAGAGAAGAGGGACAUAUUGUGAAAAGUAAGGUUAAAUUAAGGUGAUUGAAGAUGAUGAUUAGCAAUUGCAGGACCACGCCCUUUGUCACAAUUUUUCACUAUUAUCUUAUAUGGGAGACUAUGACUAGUUGCUUUUUACUUUCAUAUGAGACUGACCAAUUUUUUUUCUACUACUCACAGCUUGUCACAUUAGAAUUACGGUGUAGCACAAAAAGAUGUGAUCCUAGAUUUGAUGGUAGUCUAUGGAGAAGACAAGAAGACACUUUAGAAACUGCAAGCUAAUGCGUGAGAGAGAGAGAGCAAUUAAGUAAAGGCACGCAAUAGGUUGGACUUCUCAAAUCUCAACAGUCAAGACUAUAGAAACGGCGGCUGGUAUAAUCUGAAAAAGAUAUUAUUAAGCACUAGAAGACUAGAAGUAAUUAAAAAUGAUUGCCUCCUGUCCUCUACUCAAUCCAAGAGAACAUCUUAUUGGGCUUGUAUAUUUUAUAAGCCUAUUGGGCUUGUUUGUUGGCGGUAAAGUAAGCAAACUAUUCUUUAAAAUUUUCAAUUAAACUAAUCACCUGAUUAUAUUAAUCAUUGCAAGAAAGUCAAUGUUAUCUUAUCUAUAAACAUAAUACAUAACUAAAAGCAACUAAUAAGUGUCGCCUAUUUUGACUGAAAUGUCAAAAUCCAACUGUCAUUCAAUGUGGGUGAUGCUAAGUAAACUUAAAGUGGUUUCACCGUUUGAGGAUGGGACAAAUUGACAGUUUUUUGUUUAUUUUCCUCUCUUGACCCUGACACAUAGCUUAGUGGGUCCCACAAUUCCAGCUGUGGAAAUUGUGGACCAAUUGUACCUUAAAGGGUACCAAAAGCUCCAGAAUCAUUGCCUUAUAAACACUCCCAGACAAAGCACACGCACAUAUAACACCUAGGUUGUCUACUUCUCUCUCUCUCUCUCUCUCUCUCUCUUUCUGUCACUGAAACACACAACAGAGAAGAAAAGAAAGAAGGAAAUGGAUUUUAUCAACUGGGUUCAAGAGUCGACGACUCGGGUCUCUCGUUUCUUCAUUUAUCAGCUGGGCGCCUUUAAUCCCUCUGAAACAAAUUCAAAGGAGGCCAAUAUCUCGUUCUUGGGCCAGGAUAUUGACUGCAAAGAGGCUGUGAUUUUUAGCCUCUCAGAUGAGAUCCAGAGCAUAUAUAGGAAAAGGACAAAUAUUAUGCGAUCUAUGUUUCCAUCUCAGUAUUUGACAUCAUGGGUGUCUAGUAUUGGGAAAAUCAAGUUUAACUUUUUUGAUUUAGGAGAACAUGGGAUAGCUCACAGAGUUUGGAGAGACCAUUGUGCCAAGAUGGAUGCAGUUGUGUACAUUGUGAAUGCUGAUGCUCUACUCAGGUGGCGAUUUCUGAGGCCAAGAGAAAAGCGGGAUGCUAUACUCAGGGAGCAUUUCCUGGGACCAAAAGAUGAGCUGAAUGCUUUACUCUCUGAUGAGGCCUUUGCAAAUGUUCCAUUCCUUAUUUUUGGUGUAACAUUUGCUAGAACUCGUCUUCACCUUGAAAGGAGAUUGUGUUCCUUCCUUGGCCUGCCCAACAUCACCACAGAGCUGGCUGAUGCAAAUGCUCGUCCAUUUAAGGUUUUUGUGGCUAAAGAAUUACGCAAAGACCAAUAUCUAGAUGGUCCCCCUGAACAUUUUUUGGCUAAAGCAUGCAAAGACCAGUAUCUAGAUGGCUUCAAGUGGCUUUCUCAAUACAUUAAAUAGCAGUAGAGGUGUAUCUUAUGUUUCAUACAUAUACGUGUAACAUUAUUCUCACAAUGAGGUUGUAUUUUAUGGAUCUUAUAGGCAGUUUGAAUGAAUAUUUGGCAUCUUAUCUCAAGUGGAGUUGCUGGCA